AUGAAGUACUUCGCAGACGGCCCGGCAUGGCUCAACGACACUAUCGCCUUUGCUGGGUGCUACGCGGCUGCGCAAACGACCGACGGAGCUGGGCACAGCAAGGGACCUGAAGCCAACGCUCGAGCAGCCCCGGCGGUAUCUACGCCCAAGUCCACGGAAAUGCCGCCGAGGGUCACGGUCAUCAAUGCCAUGUACUAG